UUUGGGUGCAUCGAGUGCGGGCAUUAUGAACGCCCCAUCCAAUCCGACCAUGUCUUCUUUGGCGGGGAAUGCCUUUCAGUUACCACAUGGCGAGAAGCAGCAACAGCAACAGCAGCAACACUUGGUGGAGUUCCAGGGCCGUACCCUUUGCGUCUCCACGCACACCGCCUUCAGCAACGGUGCAAACGGCAACAGCAGCAAGGCAUCAUCGGUGCUAGAGAGCGUCUUCGCCGCCCUCGGCGUGCCCAAGAGCGCCGUGGGAAGACUACAGGAGCCAUGGCGCCUCAUGUGCGGUGGGAGGUUCUUAACCCCCGACCAAUACGUCCCUCCCCUGAGUGUGCUGAGGGUCUGGACGGGAGGGCUCAAGGGCGGGAAGGGAGGCUUCGGUGCGAUGCUCCGCGCGAUGGCCAAGCAGGCGGGCGCCAAGCCCACGACCGACUUCGGGGCUUGCCGGGACCUGCAGGGCCGGCGCCUACGCCACGUUAACGACGAGGUUCGCCUUCAGAAGUGGCAGGAGAACAGGGAGAGGGAGAGCCGGGGCGAGAAGGUGGAAGAGGAAAAGACGCAGUCGGGGAUCGAAAACUGGCACCUCGGCGUGCCCACCUGGGCGGAGGGCGCCAAGCCUUCCUACAUGAAGACCCGUCGGAAGACCGUUAUCUGCCAGCAGUGGCUGGACGCUCGCAAGGACAGAAAGGCACCGCAGGGGGCCCCGCCGUGGUGGGGCUGCCCCAGGGGGAGGGGGUGCGACUUCGCCCACGGGAAGGAGGAGCUACGGGGGAAGGGCUUGGAAGAGUUCAACCAAAAGGACAGGAAAGAAAAGCGGGAGAAGAAGCAGUUCGACCUUGACAAGUACCUGGAGAGCUCGUCCGCGGAGCCGGUGACCCAAGCCAUGCCCUCGGCCGUUGAGCAGGGGCUCAAGGCUGCCGCCCGGGCGGGCGCGAAGAAGGCGGCUGAGCACGCCGAGGAUGCCAAGGGGCUUCUGAGCAUGGACCUACAGGGAGGCCAGAAGUCAUCGUCCACGGGGUGUUCCUGGAUGGAGGUGGCCGGUGGCGACGUCGAGCUGACAGAGGAGGGACAGGCGCAAGGGGCCAGCGAGUUCGGGACGGCUAGGGUAGUGGGAGUGGCGCUUAGAAAGAAGACCUGGUAUUUCGAGGUGGCCCUGCUGACGGCGGGGUUGAUGCAGAUCGGGUGGGCGGACCACACUUUCGUGCCGGGGGGACCGGAGUCCGGAGACGGAAUUGGCGACGUGUCCGGGUCCUGGGCGUACGACGGGGUGCGACAGCAGCGCUGGAACGAGGGACAGAGCGACUACGGGGAGGCUUGGAAGGUGGGAGACGUCGUCGGCUGCCUGCUAGAGAUAGACCAGGCCUCUCAGACAGCCUCCAUGAGGUUCAGCCUGAACGGGCAGGACAUGGGGGUCGCCUUUGACGGGGUGAAGCUCGCACCUGCUGCGGCGGAGCCCGGUAGCAGCAGUCUAGGUGUCAAGGAGGAGCCCGGGUUCUUCCCAGCGCUUUCUCUAGAAGAGGGAGAAGCCGUGACCGUCAAUCUCGGCCAAUCACCGUUCGCGCACCCACCUCCCGACGGUUUCAAGGCCGUCAUCGCCGCUAGGUUAGGGGGAGGGGCGGCGUCCGUGGCGGCGCGGGGGGCACAAGCCAAUGUUGGCACGACAGCGGAGGGAGACGCGGAGGGGGAAGAGGGGGGGGGUCCCCGGGCGCCGGUGGACCUGGAGAAGUUUUCGUGUGCCACUGAUCUGGCGGCUAGGUUUGGCCCGAAUCGGCUCAAGGAGGAGCUCAUGUCGAAGGGGGUCAAGUGCGGAGGAACACACUACCAGCGGGCGGCGCGUCUAUUCUCUCUCAAGAGACUGGCGCCCGAGGACUACCCGCAGGAGCUGUUCGCAAAGAAGGCCAAGAAAUCGUCAUGAUCAUGAUCACGCGUGAUACAUACCGACAUUUUCUUUUGUGGCAGUGGGCAUGGUCUGAUGGUCUCCUGGUGUACGUACCCGCAUGUGUCCUCAGUGGAGAAGGCCUUGAGUGAAUUAAUCAUAAUCAUGAUAGGCGAUGGGCGAUAGGCGGUGUUUCGUUAUCUGGUAGGGCGUCGACAUUCUUCCCUUUGGUCGUCAAGCGUACCGGGCGGUUGCGGGGUUGGUGUUUCCUGUGGGAGACACUCUCUGACCAGGAAUCAUCUUGGUCAUUGGUCAUUAGUCAUUGGUUGGUUUCUCGCACGGUGGCGUGGAAGCAGAUGUGCGCAGCUACAAAUGCGGUAGAUGUGUGACGCGGGUCGAGGGGCCGUCAUCGGCAUCAUCGGCUCGUCGUCAUAUCCGUCCAUUUAGUCCUAGACAAUAGACUACUUAAACCGCAGAGAAGAGAGAAGAGAAGAGGUCUUGCAUCUAGAUCGUGGUAGGUAGCUCUUAGCGACCAAAAUGUCGAACAAGUUGCCGCGGACGUGAUGGGGGGGGGGGGNGGGCAUCUGGUCGACGUAACAUCUAUCUCUUGUCCUCUUGGCCGUCUGUCUGUCACGUGCCCGCUUGGGAUGUCUGCAUAUAUAUACCGUACGAGUACUGUAAAAGCCUUGAAACGUAGUAGGUGGCAUGUGCUACGAUGUGAUGCUUGCCGCAGUGUGUACACGAAGUUUGAGGCGAAGAAGAAAGAACUCUUGAGUUUGCCAAUGAGCGAAAAUCACUCGGUUUGGGAGUCUUAAACAACGACAGCGUAUUGUUGCAGGAUCAUUGGUGUUUGUUGCUCGUGCUAAGACAAAAAAAAAAACAAGAGGGAGCUGUUGUGUGGGCCUCGUGUGUGGCGAAGACGGGAUGAUGAAGACAAAGAGA